CGCAGGCUCAUUCCAUAUGCAGUAACAUUGCAAGUAAGCACAAACAACGACCCUUCUUUCUCACACUGCUAUACACCUCGGUCCAGGUGCACGCGGUCUCCAGCUCACCUCCUUCGUCCCCGACUCUUCUUUCCUCAUGGCGCGACGCGACAGAUCGUAUUCACCGGACACUCCGAAUAAGAGGGUAAGACCUUCCCACCGCUCUUCACCGCGGUCUCCGUCGCCGACCAGGCGCAGGCCCCCCAGGUCGAGGUACGACGACGAUAGAGACAGAGACCGGGAGCGCGAGAGGGACAGGGAUAGGGACGGCCACAGGGACAGAGAUCGCGACCGGUAUCGAGACGACAAAUACCGCGACGACCGCGAGCGUGACCGCCGGAGAGACUACCGCGAUGACCGCAGAGACGACCGCGACCGCGACCGCCGACGUUCGCGCUCGAGAGACCGCAAGCCGCGCGACCGCUCUCCACCGAAAGCCCCCCCGCCCGAGAUCAAGUCUGCGACGCCGCCCGUGGAGGAUGAGAAGCUGAGGGCGAAGCGAGCCAAGCUCGAGGCCUGGAAGAAAGAGCGGGAGGCGAAGAAGGCUUUGGAUGAGGCGAAGGCGAAGGCUAUGGCAUUGGCGGGAAAGACCGCCCCAGUGCCUGCUGCAGCGCCCGCAAAGACCUCCGUCCAGCUCAACCGGUCUGCACUCAGCGGCCUGGGGUUGAAGGGCUUGCCAGUCAAAAACGACGUGCUGAAGGCGUCGAAGCUGAUUGUCAGCGCCAUGGACGACUCGGUGGAGACAAAGCGUAAGCUGGAGACGCUCGACCUCCCGGACGUCGACAUGUCGAUGACUGACGGUCAGGAGAUCAUUGGCAACCUCGAGGGAGACGAUGACGAUGACGAAGUAACCGCUGCCGAGAAAGCUAAGGCAAAGGAAAAGGAUGCCAUAGUCGAGAAUGCCAUAAUCGAGGAUGAGGACGAGGUCGACCCGCUUGACGCUUUCAUGAGCGGCGUCAAAGAGGAGGUCAAGAAGGUCAAUCUCGAGGACAUCAAGAAGUUGCAGGCCAAUGGCAGUGGUCGGAUGCGUCUUGAUAACAGCACAUUAGAUGACGGCGCUGACGACGUGGACGGACCCGAGGUCGACGAACUCGACGCCACAGGCCUCAACCCGGAGGAUAUUCUCGCCCUGGCCGCGAAGAAGGCGAAGAAGAAGGAUCUCGCUGCUGUGGAUCAUGCACGCAUCGCCUACGACCCCUUCCGCAAGGAGUUCUACAUCGCACCCCCAGACAUCGCUUCAAUGACGGAUGAGGAAGCCGACCUCCUGCGGCUCGAGCUGGAUGGUAUCAAGAUCCGAGGAGUUGACUGUCCGAGGCCUGUCACGAAAUGGAGCCACUUCGGUCUUCCUGCCAGCUGUCUUGAAGUCAUCAAGAAGCUCAACUAUACCGCUCCGACGCCUAUCCAGGCCCAAGCUAUCCCUGCAAUCAUGUCUGGUCGCGAUGUCAUCGGUGUUGCGAAGACAGGGUCUGGAAAGACCAUCGCAUUCCUGCUACCGCUUUUCCGACAUAUCAAGGAUCAGCGGCCGCUGGAGCAAAUGGAGGGCCCGAUGGCUGUUGUCAUGACCCCCACCCGCGAGCUCGCUGUCCAGAUCCACAGGGAGUGUAAGCCUUUCCUCCGUGUUUUGAACCUUCGCGCUGUCUGUGCUUACGGAGGUUCCCCAAUCAAGGACCAAAUCGCGGAGAUGAAGAAAGGCGCGGAAAUCAUCGUUUGCACUCCUGGCCGUAUGAUCGAUUUGCUGACUGCCAACUCGGGUCGUGUCACCAACCUCAAGCGCGUUACGUACCUCGUCCUCGACGAGGCCGACCGUAUGUUCGACAUGGGCUUCGAGCCCCAGGUCAUGAAGAUUGUCAACAACAUUCGACCUGACCGGCAGACAGUCCUCUUCUCUGCGACUUUCCCGAAGCAGAUGGAUUCGUUGGCACGCAAGAUCCUACGAAAACCGCUCGAGAUUACAGUCGGCGGGCGGUCUGUCGUCGCUCCCGAGAUCGAUCAGAUCGUCGAAGUUCGUGAUGAAGACUCGAAAUUCAACCGAUUGUUGGAGAUUCUCGGGCAGACGUACAACGAGGAUCCCGAAUCACGGACCCUUAUCUUCGUUGACCGACAGGAAGCCGCCGAUAACCUCCUGCGCGAGCUCAUGCGCAAAGGUUACCUGUGCAUGUCUUUGCACGGCGGCAAGGACCAGGUUGACCGUGACUCGACCAUCGCUGACUUCAAAUCUGGUGUCGUACCUAUUGUCAUUGCGACGUCCGUCGCUGCUCGUGGUCUGGACGUCAAGCAGCUGAAACUGGUUAUCAACUACGACGCGCCCAAUCACAUGGAGGAUUACGUCCACCGUGCGGGCCGUACCGGGCGCGCUGGCAACAAAGGCACAUGCGUCACUUUCAUCACGCCCGAACAAGAUAGGUACUCCGUUGACAUCUACCGUGCAUUGAAGGCUAGUAACGCGAGCGUGCCCAAGGAGCUUGAGGACCUGGCUAACGGCUUCCUGGAGAAAGUCAAGUCCGGAAAGGCGAAGGUCGCGGGCUCCGGCUUCGGCGGAAAGGGUCUUGAUCGACUUGAUCAAGAGCGCGAUGCCAAGGAGAAAGCGGAACGCAAAGCCUACGGUGAACCAGAGGAUGAGAAGACCGCGACAGAGGAGACGACGACGACGACGAAGGCUGCUCCUGUUGACGACAUGACCUUCGGCAGCUUUAAAGUUGAAGUCAAGCGCGGCCCCGCCCCGGACUCAUCGAAGGGCCAACUUGGCGUCGCCGGCGCUGCGGCUGCGGCGCGCCGCCUCGCACAAGCGAAGGAAGAGGAGAAGCUUCAGAACUCCCUCCGUGCCGCGGAAGAAGCGGCCGCGCGCGCGGGCAAAGAUACGGCUGCCCACAAGCAGGCAGUCAGCGUGGUGGCGAAGCUCAAUGCUCAGCUUCGGGCGCACAAGCUAGUUGCUCAGUCGCAGAUUGGACACGAGGACUUAGGGAAGAAGUCGAGCGUCGACGCGACGGAGUUCCAUGCUAUCAUCCCUAUCAACGACUACCCGCAGAAGGCGAGGUGGCGUGUCACGAACAAGGAGACGAUGGUGCAGCUCAUCGACAUGACUGGUGCUUCGGUUACCAACAAAGGUAUCUACUACGAGCAGGGCAAGGAGCCUCCAUUCGAUGGUCCGCCCAAGCUGCAUCUUCUCAUUGAGUCCAAUGAGGAAUGGAGGGUUGAGCAAGCGGUACGUGAGAUCAAACGGUUGCUUGUUGAGGCCUCUGCGGCUGCCCUGCAGGCAGAGAUGCGCAACCCGACGGCCACUGCUGGUCGCUAUAGUGUUGUCUAAGUUCAUUGUAUCGUCCAUACGUACGCUCGCAAUAUAAUCCGUGAUUCUCUAUUCAA